UACCACGUGCAAGUGUGAUCUUACCAAUAUAGCGAGCUCGCUAAAAGCGCUAGCGCUAGCUGCCGCAAUCCCUCGGCUCGGUCGCCGCGCGCGGCCCCGGCGUGAUCUCGUCUAGUCUAGGCGAAAUUGAAAUCGUUUGAAGGUACUGGGUCGAAGCUAAGAAAAAGGCAGAGAUUCAGACACUAGUGUGUAUGAUAAGAAGGAGAAUCCUUGUCUUGUGGCGGGCUGGAAGAUCUUGCUCAAGUCCACUUGGAAACCGUGCCUUUCUUACAUUCCCAAAGCUGAGGAGAGAGUUUUCAGUCUGUUCCAGGAUGUCUCAAGCUCCGCUGUCAUCCCGUGUCAAUCCAACCACAGGAGCUUUAGAAUGGGUCGUGGAAGAUGAGAGCUAUGAUUAUCAUCAAGAGAUUGCCCGUUCGGCUUACACAGAUAUGCUGCAUGAUGACGAAAGGAAUAAGAAAUACUACGAGGGUAUCCGUCGAGCUAUCUCCAUCAUACGAGGGAGGGGUCAGGAGGUGAGGGUCCUAGAUAUCGGUACUGGGACGGGGUUACUGGCAAUGAUGGCAGCAGAGUGUGGUGCAGACUCAGUUCAUGCAUGUGAAGCAUUCCCACCCAUCGCUGAAGCAGCCAAGAAGAUAGUAGCAGUGAAUGGAUUUGCAGAUAAGAUCACUGUCAUCUCAAAACGUUCUACUGAGGUCACCGUAGGCCCAGAUGGUGACAUGCCAGUAAGAGCUAAUAUUCUUGCCACUGAAGUCUUUGAUACAGAGCUGAUUGGGGAGGGAGCUAUUCCUACAUAUCUACAUGCUCACAAGUAUCUUCUGACAGAUGACUGCAUAUGUGUUCCCCACAAAGCAGUUGUCAAAGCACAAAUUGUCCAGUCAGAUUUUGUCUGGAGCUGGCACAAGCUUCAACCGAUUCCAAUCUCCGGACAUGGAGACAUCUUACCCCACCCUGAGAUGACAUCAUGCUCUGGGGCAGCCUCCGUCCAUGACAUUCAGCUUAGCCAGGUAUCACCUGAUCAAUUCCAACCAAUCACAGAGCCUCUUAGUGUGAUUGAUUUCAAUUUCACCAAGGGAGAUUUCACUGAGAAUCGGACAAGGAAUGUCAGCUGUGAAAGCUUGAUAACAGGAAAGUGUCAAGGUGUGUUCAUGUGGUGGGAUCUUACCAUGGAUACGGAAGGCAAGGUUAUACUGAGCACUGCUCCUACAUGGUGUCAUGAAAAUGGGUCUAAGGCACCCUGGAGGGAUCAUUGGAUGCAAGCUGUCUACUUCUUGGAUCAACCGGUACAGGUUGAGAAAGGUGAUGCGGUCACCUUGACGAUGACCCAUGAUGAUUACAGCCAAUGGUUUGAUGUAAGCACUAGGGAUGAGAGUCCUCCAACCCAGCAGGUUAGGCCAGUCUGUCGCUGUGGAGCACAUGUAGUCUGGAGUAGACCAAGGUUUGGAAUGCUCAACUCUAAAGACAGGACCAACAAGUUUGUGAGAGCUAUGAAAAAGAUUAUCACCAAUGAUAGCAUAUGCCUCAGUGUUAGUGAUGGCUCCAUGUUACCGCUCAUAGCAGCAAGACUAGGAGCAAAACAGGUGUAUAGUGCUGAAUCUUCAUCUAUGUGUAGACGUGUCAUGGACAAGGUCGUUGAGGUCAACAGCUUGGGGUCAAAGGUUAAACUAUUGGAUCAAAGAGCACAGGAUCUUUCAGCAAAGGAUCUUGAUAGUAACAAGAUCGAUGUACUCCUCACUGAACCAUUCUUCAUUACCACUCUCUUACCAUGGCACAAUCUCUACCUAUGGUAUGCUUGGUCUGCUCUACGUCCUCUCUUAGCACCGGAUGUGAAAAUGCUGCCCUCUAGUGCCAAACUUAUGGGAAUCGCCAUUCAGUUUGAUGACCUUUGGAAGUUUCAUGCUCCAGUGAAGAGCAUAGAGGGCUUUAACGUCAGGAUCUUCGACAAUGUAGUACAGAAGUCAUCAGAUUGCAGUGAUGCAGCCACGGAUCCUCAUCAUCUCUGGGAGUACCCUGGCCGACCUUUGACCCAACAGUUUGAACUUAUGACCUUUGACUUCUCGAAAGCAAUUCCUGAGGAUAAAUCAGUUAGGAAUGGAGUCAUUGAUUUCAGCAGUCGUGGAACUUGUCAUGGUAUUGCAUUGUGGAUGGAGUAUGACUUGGAUGAAACGACAACCAUCUCUACAGGACUACAAGAGGAUAACACAGGGUCUGGUGAUGGUAGACUAGUCUGGGACAUGCAUAGCAAGCAGGGUGUUCAUUUCAUCAAGAGGAACCCGGAAGUGAAAGAAGAUGAGAGCUUGAACUUUGAGGUCACAUUCAAUCCAUCCAGUGGAAACCUUCAUUUUAACUUCAAAGUGAAUCAUAGACAGUGCUGAUGAUUUAGACGAAGAGGGAUUAAUUCUCUGUCAAGAAUUGGAACUGAAGAAGAAUGUUCAUGCAACUUUUGAAGUGACUAAAAGUUUUCAAGCUAGAGGCAAGAAUGUGAAUGACGUAUCAUAGCAGAUGGGCCUAAACCUCCAAACCUACACCUAUGGAUGUGAAGGUCAUAGAUUUAAACACUGAACUGAUAUUGGUUGGCAAGGAUUGAUAUAUAUUUGCCACUCUCAACCCAGGUUUAGUAAGUGGCUUCCAGAAGGGAAGAAAUUCCUAUAAAGCACCAAGGGAUGAUGAUGGUUGCAGCUCUUUAGAAGUGCAUGCAGAAUUUACAUCAUAAUGUGAUAUGUGCUAUACAAGAACAGACUAUUUGUAUUGUUAAUGUGGACUCUAAGAUCACCUUCAGUGUCCUACUCAACUUCAUAUAUUUCAGAA